AUGGGAGGCACUGGGAGCAACCGACUUUAUAAUGAAAAUAAUUUCUGGAGCUCGUAUCCCUUUCUCAAACAAACCCCCUCUAAAUUACCCAUCAGCUACUAUAAAAAGACUAUACAAGACCAAAGAGUCACAGGAAAUGACAAAAAUAAUUAUAGACUUAAAGAAACAACAAGUGUUGGAGAGACCAAAGUCUCCAAGUCCAAGCUUCCUUUCGAAGAUGUUUAUAAUACCAAAGAACGAUGGAUCCUUCCGACCAGUCUUCGACCUGCGAGGACUCAACAGGUAUGUCCAUACCAAACAUUUCCAACUGAUAUCCCAUGCCUCAAUACCAGAAUUCCUUCAAAAGGGGGACUGGAUGGUGAAAAUAGACAUAUCCAAUGCCUAUUUCCACAUACCAAUUGCAGAAUCCCAUCGUUGCUAUCUCCGGAUGAUAUACAACAACGAACUAUUACAAAUGAAUUCGCUUCCUUUUGGCCUGGCAUCUGCUCCUCGCACUUUUGCAGCGGUUACAAACUGGAUCGCGGAGAUCCUGCGAAACAAGGAAAUUCGGGUUCUAGUCUAUCUAGACGAUUUCCUAUUGGUUCACCAGGACCAAGCCAAGCUGGUCUCUCAGACUGCGGAAGUCGUGAGACUCUUGGAGUCUAUGGGUUGGCAAAUAAAUUACCUAAAGUCUGUGCUGAAGCCAAUGCAACAAUUAGAGUAUUUAGGAAUAACUUGGAACACCAAGACAGACACAAUGUAUCUCUCGGAGAGAAAAAUAAAAAAUAUAAAAACAGCAAUUACAAAAUUAUUAAGCAAAAAGGCAUGCAAUCUAAAACAGGUGCAAAAAAUUCUAGGACAACUAAACUUCGCCAGUUUUGUCAUAAGAAGGGGUCGCCUGCACUGCCGCUACAUUCAAAUACUGCUAAAACGCUUCAAGCAAAAUUUGAAAAACAAAAGAGUCCUGCCACCACAAGUACGACAGGACCUCAGGUGGUGGAGUCAGUCAUUAGUGGGCAAGGCAGUUCUACAUCAGCGACCAUAUACCCACUUCCUCACAACCGAUGCGGCAGAUACCGGUUGGGGGGCCCAGUUGAACGAGAAGAUGAUGUCAGGAGUCUGGACAAAAGAUCAGAUGAAAUGGCACUCGAAUUGGAAAGAGCUGUUCGCAGUAUAUGCGUCAAUCCAGAAACAAUCACACUGCCUACAGAAUGCUCACAUUCUAGUCCAGUCGGACAAUCGAACCCUUGUGGCGUAUAUUCGGAACGACGGGGGGACCCACUCAAUGAGUUUACUCAAUCUGACGUGCAAGUUGUUGAGGCUGACCGACAGGAAAAACAUUCUCCUAUCAGCACACUACCUCCCGGGGAGGUACAACUGCACAGCCGAUCACCUCUCACGGGGACGGCGACUGUCAGAAUGGCAUCUGCUGCCCGCUGUAACAAACCAAUUGUUCCAUCGUUGGGGAAUCCCAGAUGUCGAUCUAUUCGCGUCUGCAGAAACCGCCGUAGUCAGCAGAUACGUCUCCUUAGACUGGAAAGACAAUUUGGCAAUAUUCCCAAAUGCCUUCAGUCAGGACUGGAAUUUUCGGCUCGGGUGGAUAUUUCCUCCUCCCAGCUUGAUCCCUCGAGUAUUAGCUCAAUUGAACCGUGCCAAGGGUCAUUACAUAUUAAUAGCUCCUCUAUGGGAAAAGACCUUUUGGCUAGCAGAUUUAAAAAAUCGGGCACUGGAACCACCAGUGACAAUAGAGAAAAUUUCGGAGAAUUUGAUAGACACCGCAACGGGUCUUCCUCCACCACAAGCAGACCAACUGAACCUUCAGGCCUGGUUAGUUGGAGGUGGGCAAAAUCAAUUAGUAGAUGGUCAGAAUCAGAAAAACAAUUAUUAAAUUCUAGUUGGAGACCGUCAACAUUAAGUACUUACUAUCCAGCUAUUAAACGAUGGAUAAAAUGGUGUGACUUAAAUAAUGUUUCUUGCAAUCUUCCACAACCACAUCAAAUAGCAAGGUUUCUAGCCCACUUACACUUAGAAGAAAAAUUAGCUUAUAGCACCAUUUUAGUGCAUAAAUCAGCAAUAUAUAGUUUUUGUAAAAUUGAUCAAAAUCAAGCUCAAGAUAAUUCAUUGGUGCAUCAAAUUCUGAAAGCUAUUGCCAUGGCACAACCACCUAAAAGCAAAGCUCCUAUAUGGGAUGUACAAAUUGUUUUUGAUUGGCUAGCAACGUCCAGCAUUAAAAACACCAUAUUCGAAGUGUCUAGACGAACAGCAGCAAUUCUUCUUCUAGCAUCUGGUAGAAGAGUUCAUGAUCUCACAUUGCUUAAAAUAUCAGAAGCAAAUUUAAGAUUCAUUGAUAACAAGGUAACCUUAUGGCCAAUAUUUGGAUCAAAGACAGACUCAGCGUGUCAUAGGCAAUCUGGAUGGUCAUUACUUAAGCAUCCGAAUCAGAAAGUAUGCCCAGUAUUAUGGAUAAGACGUUUAAUUGACAUAACCCAAGAGCGACGAAAUGAACAAGAAGGAUUGAAUCAUUUAUUUAUUACGAUUAUUGGUAAACCACGUCCAGCCUCGAGAACAGUGAUUGGUGGCUGGAUUAAAACAGUAUUAAAGGAUGCAGGGAUUACAGCAUCCCCAGGAUCAUUUAGAUCAGCAGUGGCCUCUGCAAGUUGGGUAGAAGAUCAUCCAGUGGAUGAAAUACUGGCAAGAGGAAACUGGAAAAGUGAGAAUACUUUCAGAAAAUUCUAUUGUAAAGAGGUAGAAAAGAAAUGUAAAAGGUCUGAAUUACUUUUCAAUAAUUUUCAACCAGAGUAA